CAAAACAAAAAUCUUCUGGAAAGUCCUCUCGAUAAUGUUAUAGCAAGCUAACCAGCUAAAGCGCGUUGCUACCGAUACCGUGAGCGAAAUUGUUUCCAGGUGUCUUUCGAAAAGCUUCAAAGUAAAUCUGUUUCACGAUGGAGAUGCCUCAAAAGUUUCGCUCUUUCUACAACUUGUUUUGGUCCGUUUUCGUGGCAUAGCUGGAAAGCUAACGCUGUCCAGUAAUAUCAGCUAGCUUAGCAUUGGACUCCCCCUAUAGAAAAAAGCCCAGCCUCCUCUGAGCCUUGUUGGACGGCAGAAGUCUGUAACUUUACUCGCCGGUUUUUUGACAGCAUCACCCUCAGCAUGUCUAUCCUAGGAUUAAAGAAGAAACAACCAAAGACUUUCAAAGUCAAAGUUAUCACCAUGGAUGCUGAAAUGGAGUUCAGCUGUGAGGUGAAGUGGAAAGGUAAAGACCUGUUUGACCUGGUGUGUCGCACUGUUGGUUUGAGGGAGACCUGGUUUUUCGGACUCAGGUACACAGUAAAGGACACCUACGCCUGGCUGAAACCAGAGAAACGCGUGUUGGACCAGGAGGUUCCAAAGGACUCUCCCAUAACAUUUCAUUUCCUGGCCAAAUUCUUCCCAGAAAAAGUAGAAGAAGAGCUAGUCCAAGAGAUAACUCAGCACCUCUUCUUCUUACAGGUGAAAAAACAGAUAUUAGAUGAAGAGAUAUUCUGUUCCCCUGAAGCGUCUGUUCUGUUGGCAUCAUAUGCUGUUCAGGCCAAGUACGGUGACUAUGACCCAAACUUUCACAAGCCAGGCUUCCUGGCACAAGAUGAGCUUUUGCCGAAAAGAGUUUUGAUGCAAUACCAAAUGACAGCAGACAUGUGGGAGGAGAAGAUUACCGCUUGGUAUGCAGAGCACAGAGGCAUCGCCAGGGAUGAGGCUGAGAUGGAAUACUUAAAAAUUGCUCAGGACCUUGAGAUGUACGGUGUCAGCUACUUUGCCAUCACUCAAAAUAAGAGGGACACAGACCUGUUACUAGGAGUGGAUGCUCAGGGUCUUCACAUCUACAGCCCCAACAGCAAACUCAACCCAAACAAAUCCUUUCCUUGGAGCGGCAUCCGCAACAUCUCUUACAGUGAAAAGGAGUUCACAAUCAAACCCCUCGAUAAAAAGAAAGAUGUUUUCAAGUUCUACUCGUCUCAGCUGCGCGUCAACAAGCUGAUCCUGCAGUUGUGCAUCGGUAACCACGAUCUAUUCAUGAGGAGGAGGAAGGUGGACUCCAUUGAAGUGCAACAGAUGAAGGCUCAAGCGAAAGAGGAGAAGGCCCGCAAGAAGAUGGAGCGUCAAAUCCUGGCACGGGAAAAACAGAUGAGAGAGGAAGCGGAACGGGCAAAAGAAGAAAUGGAACGAAGACUUUUCCAGCUGCAGGACGAGGCACGACUGGCCAACGAGGCACUGCUGCGAUCUGAAGAGACAGCAGACCUGCUGGCAGAGAAGGCCCAGAUUGCUGAGGAGGAGGCCAAGCUGUUGGCCCACAAGGCUGCAGAGGCUGAGCAAGACAGGCAGAGGUUAGAGGUCACCGCCAUGAAGACCAAGGAGGAGAAAAGGCUGAUGGAGCAGAAGAUGAGGGAGGCAGAGCAGCUGGCUGUCAAACUGGUGGAGCAGUCAGAGAGGAGGUUGAAGGAGGCAGAUCAUCUGAAACAGGACCUGACCGAGGCAAAGGACGCUGAGAGGAGAGCCAAACAAAAGCUGCUGGAGAUCACCAAAACAACAUACCCUCUCAUAGCAGCCUACUCCACUCCUGCUCCCCCUGCUCCUCCUGAAGCAGCCGACUUUGCCUAUGAAUCUGCAUCUACGCGCCUCGACUUCAAGGACUCUGACAUGAAAAGGUUGUCUAUGGAGAUCGAGAGAGAGAGGCUGGAGUACAUGGAGAAGAGUAAACACCUGCAGGACCAGCUGAAGGAACUGAAGACGGAGAUCGAGUCUCUGAAGCUGGAGGAGCAGCAGCAGCAAGCUGGCAUCUACGGCCUCCGCAGUGAGGCGAGGGGAUUCAUCCAGGAGCCCGUCUACAUACCUCACAGCAACCGAAACUCUGCAUACAUGUCUCAGAUGGCCUUCUUUGAAGAAGUGUGAUCCUGCAAGAUGGGGAAGGAGCGCACCAGCUGUUGUGACUCAAUACUUUCUCAAAAUGUCCGGUUCAUUUUUUACCUGGCUGAAACUAACAGACAGACACUCACACACUUUGUGCUUUUGAAAGACUUUAAAACUGUCCUCAACAACAAACAGCCACUGCUGGCUCCCUGCACAGGUUGUCGUGCAGAUUGUUCCACCUGCUACACUACAGUGCCUUUCACAUUUCUUUUUAUAUAUAUAAUGAACACAUUAAUGUGUGUAUCUAACAGAUUCAGGACAUGGUGCUGAUGAUGGAUGUAUGAAUGAGUUGCUGAUGGCUUUUUUGUGGUUUUAAGGGAUACUUCGCAGUAAGUUGGUCAGAUAUAAUAUCAUAACUUAAUGACGAGUCAUACAUUAGUGCCUUGACAACAUUUUGGGAUAGGGAUUGAGGUCAAAAUUACUCACAAGCCAGCUUUAGGCGAAGUUCCUGCUUUAGAUGUAAUAAGGUAAAUUAUCUUAUCUGAGGGGAAAUUCUUCAAAGUUAUGAAUAUCAAAUUGAUUUUGUGAAUAUGGUUAUUGUCUUUCAAACCAGCAAAGUGUUUGUCAAACUUUAGAAAUUAGAACAUCAAAGAAACCAAAAUGCCCAAAUUUCAGGUUAUGUAUUAACCAAGCUUUUGUUGAUAACACCAGAGACAACUCGUGAUCAAUGAUAUGCAAUGUGGGAAUAAGCAUAGUGAUCUUGUGCAUAAAAGUAAUUUAUAAAAAUAACAAUUGCAACUUACAGAACAGUCCAAGCAGACAUGUGCUGGGACAGUCUCUACACGUGACACUCCAUAAAAAUGUUAAACGUGGUGUUUGAUCUGUGAUUUGGCCUUUCACUUGUGUUGGUUUGCUGUUUCUCUUACUUGGUUCGUGAAUUGCCUUUACUGAUAGCAGCAGUCAGGUGCCUUUAUUGUUUCUAAUGCCUCUUACAAGCUUACAAGCAUACAAGCUUGUUCUCUGCCAUUUCAAGUUUUUAUAUUUUGUACUCUAGACUGUUGAUGUGCCUUGAACUUUAUUUUUUACUAUGAUUAUUUGAGUUACUAAGGUUUAAUUUGGUAUCAUUGUGCUCGUGUUUCAUAGCUGUGAGUUUAUUUUGGGGGUUGAUGUCGUGCCCUGACCGGAUUGACAGACCAGCAGGCUGAUGGCUUUUCUGUUUCUUUUUUUGUCUUUUUUCUCAGCUCAUGUCCUUCUCAGGGUUAGUGUUGGAGACAAUCACUGCAUGUAGAAUCUAAUUGUUUAACCCCUGAGAUGAACAGUAUCCAUUAAUGUUUACCUUUUUAAGCAGGCUAUUUUCGUCAAAUAGUUGUUCAAAUGGUUUCUGACAGCAGCGUGUGCACAGCAUUUCACAUAUAUAAAGGUGGGUAAUCUGAGUGGGCCUUUAUUGUGCCAUACUCCUCAUUACAUUGUUAAAAAGGGAGAGGCUGAAUGCCAAAUGUUCAGCCAGAAAUUCUGCAUUUUUUAAAAUUUGGACCGGCCUGUCAGACUGAACAGUGACAAACGCUUGGUUCAUAAUUGCCCUCAUGAUUGGGUUAUAAAUGAGUAUUGCUAACCUUGGUCUUGCCUAAAUGGCAUUGUCUCAUAUGACCCGGUGGAAGUGUUCUUUUUUUAUCAACAGCGUGCUUAAGUGCUUCAAUUUUCUUCUUGAACUUUAUUUAUUUGUGCUAUAAAUGCUUAAAUAACAUCAUCAUACCCCUUUUCUUGAGCUCUAUCAUUGUUGAGGAAUUUACUGUUUGUUUUUCUAGAAUGGGAUUUUUCUGCCAAAUUUUAGCCCAGUGUUGAAAAAUGAUUUUCACCUAGAACAAUUUUAUACCUUAAGGAAUGCCUUUUUAUUUUGAAGUGACAAAAAUCUUAAAAUUUCACAUUCACAUCAAAGUUGUGUCAAUGAUUUUUUUUUUUUUUUUUGCUCAUCAAGUUAUCUUAUGCAUAUCAUUUCAUUACAACACUGAUUACAAAACAAAGUCUCUGCUUUGCCUGAUGUUUGCACAAACAGUAGUGAUCUCAUAGGCAGUGAUUUAAUCUUUCUUGCCUCCAAAUGUGUCAAUAAAAUGCAGUCAUCGUAACUACA